AUGGCGCGCGAGUUACGGCCGGGGUCAACAGCGUGCAUCACGCACAAACACACGCCGCAAUAUAGCGGCGGCGACGGCGCUGCACCUGCCGCCUGCCCCUGCGUGCACGCAGCACGGCGCGCGUCAGCCCGCGACUGGCGUCAACAGCGCCGGCUGCACCCCUCUGCUGGGACAGGACGGAGCGCACUGGGAAUAUCUGUGGAAUGCUGUGGGUCGUGGCAAUUGGCCUCCGGCGAGGGGAAAUGGGACGAGGCCAGCGCUAAGGCAGCCCUGCAGCAGGACGGCCCGGGUGGCAGGGCCAGGGGAUGCUCACAGCCGGCGAUUUUCGCAGCAGCAGCAGCAGCGGCGGCGGCGGAGGCGGAGGCGGCGGCGGCGGCGGCACGCGACGCCGGCCCUGCCGUCCGGGGGCCCGCUAGUAGCGAGCACGGCCUGCAGAGGCGCGCGCGGCGCUCGCUAUCGAGCUACGGCGGCGCGGGCGGGCGGGGCCCCCGACGGAACUCGACGCCGCACACGCACGUCUCGGAAAAGAUGAGAAGAGAGAGAGGAAACUGCGAGUCGUCGUCGGUGGAGAUCGAUAGGCGCGCGGAGGCCGCGUGCGGCGACUGCGGCGGCCACGGACCCGCCGCCGGCCACCGGCCGAGGGACGCCGGGACGCCGGCGCCGCCUCCGCUGGCGCGCCGCUGA